GAUCAAUCCACCGCAUUCUCUGGUGGAUCAGCGACGUUUUCGAAGGCAGAACAUUUUCGGGAUCUUCCUACUGUUCUGAUCUCACUUGAAAUUGUAUUUUAAUGCAUCUGUUCCCAAAAUGACAUUUCACGACCACUCGAUGAGUGUCCCACAUCGGGCGCUGGGGUGACCGAUAGUGGUAAUUGGGCAACAGGACCGUUUGGCACUACCCGAAACAUUGUUCCGCGGCCCCCUACUAGCACAAUCCGGCAAUCCGUUUCGGACUGUCAGCGGAUUUCUGACAGUCGGGAUAUUGUGACAGGUUUACUUAAACACCUUUGUCUUAUGUGGUACAAAUGCUACAAGAAGGCACGGAUGCGUCACUCCAAACUUCAUGUGUUUCCAGAAAACAACGCACAGAACUUUUUCGAACAGGUCAAGUCACUGGAUGCACUAUAUGGCUCACAGGCCUAAGUGGCGCCGGAAAGUCUACACUCGCGUUCUAUCUCGAGAAAUGCCUGGUUUUCCAUGGAAUUCCAGCCUACGUCCUUGAUGGAGACAAUAUCCGCACUGGAUUAAAUAAAAACUUGGGUUUCAGCGUGGAAGAUCGGGAAGAGAAUAUCCGGCGUAUUGGUGAAGUUGCCAAAUUGUUUGCCGACGCCAACAACGUGUGUAUUACCAGCUUCAUCAGUCCAUUCGCCAAGGAUCGUGAUGCGAGCCGCGCACUUCACGAGAAAGCCGGUCUGAAGUUCUUCGAAGUUUUCGUCUGCUCUCCUUUGAGUGUUUGCGAACAGCGCGACGUCAAAGGACUGUAUAAACGAGCUCGUGCGGGCGAACUCAAAGACUUCACAGGAUUGACGUCAGCUUAUGAAGUUCCAACCCACCCUGAUCUGGUCCUGCAUACAGAUGUGCAGAACGUAAAGGAAUGUGUUGAUCAGUGUAUCCAGAUGUUGGUAAAUGCGGAUGUGAUCCCUCCCAUGUCGGAGACCAACCCCUUUGGAGGUCCCAUGCCGAUGGAAUUGUUCAUCCGCAACGAGCGGCGGCUAACGACCGUUCGCGAAGAGGCCAAAUAUCUGCCACAACUGGCACUGUCUCGAAUUGACACCGAAUGGCUGCAAGUUUUGGCAGAAGGGUGGGCAACUCCGUUACGCGGAUUUAUGCGGGAGGCAGAAUUUCUGCAAGUUCUGUAUUUUGGUCAAAUUUUAUCCAAAAAUGCUCGCGUGUCCAAUUUCACUGUACCCAUCGUAUUGGCCGUGUCGACUUCGAGUAAAGAGCGACUGCAUAGCGCAAAAGCCAUCGCGUUGACAUACGAAGAUAAAACAUUGGCUGUUCUGAGAGAUCCGGAAUUUUAUCCCCACAGAAAGGAAGAACGAUGCUGCCGCACAUUUGGCACUUUUCAUCCAGGCCACCCAAGUGUGAAAGCCAUUUUGGAAUUAGGCGACUGGCUACUUGGCGGUGACAUCGAGGUGCUGGAACGUAUUCGUUGGAAUGAUGGCUUAGAUGAAUACCGUUUGACUCCGCUGGAACUACACUCCAAACUUUUGGAGAUGAAAGCAGACUGCGUUUUUGUUUUUCAACUACGAAACCCAGUUCAUAACGGGCACGCUCUACUCAUGACAGAGACACGGCGCCGUUUGCUCGAGGAACAUGGUUACCAAAACCCAGUCCUCUUGCUUCACCCACUUGGCGGAUGGACAAAGUCGGAUGAUGUCCCCCUUGACGUACGCAUGCGUCAACACGCUGCAUGUUUGAAUGAAAAGGUGUUAGAUCCACAGACAACACUGGUGGCCAUUUUCCCCUCUCCAAUGUUGUACGCAGGCCCACGAGAAGUGCAAUGGCACGCGAGAACUCGUCUCAUCGCUGGUGCCCAGUUUUACAUCGUCGGACGAGAUCCAGCUGGACUACCUCAUCCAAACGGCUCUGGUGUGGAUUUAUACGACCCGACGCACGGAGGACGGGUCCUAUCCAUGGCGCCUGGUCUUCCUGGACUGCACAUACUACCUUUUCGAGUUGCGGCUUACGAUCAGAAGCAGGGUAAGAUGGACUUUUUCGACCCAAAGCGCGCGUCGGACUUUGUGUUCAUCUCUGGUACCAAAAUGCGUGCUUUGGCUCGAACGGGCGAGCAGCCACCGGAUGGAUUCAUGGCUCCAACAGCCUGGCGCGUUUUGGCGGACCACUAUUUGAAAUUGUCCUCCGGUGAUCAAUGAUUACAUCACUGUAUUCACGCCAGCCUCCGUUUUGCCUGUUUGUCUAGGUCGUUAUGGAUCACGGUCAUCAACGAGGCCGUUCUCGGCUCCAUUGCCCCAAACUGCAUGUGCUUUUGACGGGCACGCUUCGUGUCUUCCUCGUUCUCCUUCGAGGAGUACUGCUCCUCGCCGUCUUUCUGUGAUAAGCCCACUUAAAUCUCGCGCCCCUGUAUUCAGGUCCAAACCAUGAUCACUAUUUCUUUUCCUCCAUUAAACUCAACUUUUAUAUAUUUUGUUAUGAUGAUUUUCCGGUUCGUAAUUUUUUUCCUCAAAACAUGCUUUUCACUUGACCAUUUUACAAUUUCAACCUCCCAUGUUUACUUCACACGUACCUUUGGUCUCUUGAAGAUGUUUCUUCCAUCCCGGCAUCUUGAUCUGGUUGUGUUCAAGAUUCUUGAGCUGGGUGAUUUCGCACUUGUUCACCACAAUUUUAUCUUUAAGCAAGUGACAAAUGGGUGCUUUCCUUUUUCCGAAUACAUCCUAUUUCCUAACUCG